ACACUUCCGUCAGACUUGUCCUCAUCUCUGACGUCCAUAGUCUCGCCACUCGCCAUGGCAUCAGCUCUACCCUCAUCUUCCAAUUCUACCCCAGGCUCGUCGGCUCUCCCUCGAAUAUGCCACGCCACUGCGUUCACGCUCGGUCCUAACAGUUCGUGCAAGGAGAAACUCGUCCUAGGCUCGAAGGGUCCGAUGUGGUUCCUCUUGUACGCAAACCAGGGCAAGCGCAUGUACACACCACUGAACAUCUUGUGGCCGAGCGACCCUUUUCCCGAACCUUCACCGGACGGCCGCGCGCGCAUCGCGUUCACGAGUCCACAGGGCCUGUCUCUCCUGAGCAACCUUUUGGAGGCACGUAUUCCCCCACUCGGCGCCACUAGAGUUGAGGACCCUCCGAUGCAUGCCAUUGUGAAGCCUACAGGGCGAAUGUUCGACAAAGACGUUCCUGAAAUUGAGAUCCUCCUCGAUGAGCUCGAAAUAGUGCAUGGGUGUACCCUCUGCGGCCGAUGGGAAACAACUGGUGCGCCCAAUUUCAAGUGCUGUAGUAGCUGCAAGUCCCGGUACUACUGCUCCGUCCAAUGUCAGCGCACCGACUGGCUCAUGAGACACAAGAGUAUUUGCGCGCUCCUUAAGCAAGGCAAGCUCCAGGAAGCAGAGAAAGAGGAGCUCAUGGCGCCCAUGAGCACCUUCACAUGGAGAUUUAGGAACGCGUUGAAUGCUCUCAAAUCGGAGGCAAACGACGUCCUUGCAUCUACAUAUCAAGAGACGGCCGCAAACCCAGCUGACAGGGACGAUGUGGCGAAUAGUCGUCAAGCCGGUGACAAGGAGGAAGACAAAGGUGACGAGCCCUGCGUUGAAGAUGAAGAUGAAGUGUACAGCGACGAUGGCGAGAGCGUCUGGGAAGACAUCAGCGAGGAGGAGGGGGAGGAGGAAGACGGCGUUUCGUCGUCGAGCUCCCGGUCUAGUGGAAGCAGAUAGACAAACAGUCGACGAAGCUAUUGCCCCACCUAACAAUAUUGAUACUCGCAUGAAGACCGGCUGGCCCUCCUACCACCUGCAUGUUACUCGUCUAUGUGGUUUAAAAUGAGGUGCUCUUAUUACUACGCAUUCGCCAGCACAAUUGUCUUUUCCAGUACAUUCAUAUUACCAUCUUGCUAUGGCUCUGAAACGUACAAAUUUGUGUUCAAUAUCGUAGACUGGUUAUGGUCCAUCUCUGGACAAAGACAGCGACGGCAUUGGGAAGGGCCCGGCAUAGAGGGCUGGGCAAUAGUGAACUGUACCGCUGAAGCAGCCAAACGGAAAAGGAAAUACCUGUUGGUUCAUAUAUACUCAGUUGCGGCAAUGAGCUUGGUAACCAGGCUAUUUGUGCUAGUGAUGGGGGUACGGAGCAGCCUGCUGGUGACGACGGGCAAAACCCUUGCUGAAAGCCCUUGAGGACACAGAGAUGCGCAAUGACAGGCGGCAUCCCAUUUGACUGCGU